AUGUGGCGCCUCAACUUGCUCUAUGGCCUGCUUAGGCUGCAGUGUGUGGCUCUCGAUGGUGUCGGGCUCUUGAAGCUAAGGUUCGAUAGAGCUCGUCAGCGCUAUCGCCAGAGGCGUGGCUUCUGGACCUCGUUUCUAGCACAUUUCCCGUGCUUCCUGCUGAUCUUCAUUAACUUUGUGCAGUUCAUCUUGCGCUUCGGGGAGAAGGCCGCUGAUAAGGAUGUGCCCAAUGCACGCGUCGCGCUUAAGGCCAUGGGCUUCUUCAGUCAGUUCACCCAGAACCUGGCCUAUGUGUGGAUACUAAUCGUGUAUUUGUAUUGGCGAGUGCACCUCUGGCACAUGAUAGAUCAAGCCCAACUGGCAACUAGGCAUCUGAAGCGUCUGCUUCGAGAGCGCUUCGUGCUGGAGUGCUCCUGGCUGCUCCUGUUGCUGGGCAUUUGCCAGCUAUUCCUGUUCCUGCUGAUCAGCUUGAAGUUGGUCCUGCUGGAAUUGCUACACUAUGGCAACUAUGUGAUGGGCGCACUCCACUUGGUCUUCAUGCUGCUGCUCUCCCUGCAGCUCUUUCGGCACCUACUGCACACUGGCAUGCUGCAGUCGCUGAAUCAGCUGCUCAAGCAGCUGCAGCUGCCCAACGAGCUCAAGCUGCUGCGGCAAGUGCUGCACGUUUAUCCUCUGCUGCAGCGCAUACAACACUUGGCUGCCUUCUACUUCAGCUUGGUAUUCUGUUGGCUCUUCCUCGAGCUUUCCCUCAAGUGUGGUGCCUAUGUGAGCGAACUCAGCUCCGAGAAGAACCUGUUGUUGCAGCCUCGCGUACAAAUCGAGCAGUAUAAAGCAAAUCGACUGAGCAUGUCCUUUGCAGCCGUGGAGAUGGCUUGA